UGUUGUUUGAUUUCUCUUUUUACUCCAAAAUACAUUCAUUGAAUAAAAAUGGCGUCCCGUGUUCGUCGUGUUGUGGAAGCAGAUUUAUCAAAUGUUGAAUUUGACACAAGUGAAGAUGUUGAAAUUAUUCCGACUUUUGAUGCUAUUGGUUUACGGGAAGAUCUUUUACGAGGAAUCUACGCAUAUGGUUUUGAAAAACCAUCUGCUAUUCAACAAAGAGCUAUUAAACCUAUUAUGAAAGGAAGAGAUGUGAUUGCACAAGCACAGUCUGGAACAGGAAAAACAGCCACUUUUUCAAUUGGUGUUUUGCAAGUAAUUGAUACAGAAAUUAGAGAAACACAAGUGCUCAUUCUUUCACCCACUAGAGAAUUAGCUGUUCAGAUCCAAAAGGUUAUUUUAGCCCUUGGCGAUUAUAUGAGUGUCCAAUGUCAUGCUUGUAUUGGAGGAACUAAUCUGGGAGAAGAUAUACGCAAAUUGGAUUAUGGACAACAUGUUGUCUCUGGUACUCCUGGAAGAGUGUUUGAUAUGAUUCGAAGAAGAAAUUUAAGAACUCGAUCCAUCAAAAUGCUUGUUUUAGAUGAAGCAGAUGAAAUGCUGAAUAAAGGCUUUAAGGAUCAGAUAUAUGAUGUAUACAGAUAUCUUCCACCCUGUACACAAGUUGUUUUGAUAUCUGCAACUCUUCCUCAUGAAAUUUUAGAAAUGACUAGUAAAUUCAUGACAGACCCAGUAAGAAUUUUAGUUAAACGUGAUGAGUUGACACUGGAAGGUAUAAAGCAGUUUUUCGUGGCUGUUGAAAGAGAAGAAUGGAAACUUGACACUUUGUGUGAUUUGUAUGACACACUGACAAUCACUCAGGCUGUGAUAUUUUGCAACACAAAAAGGAAGGUUGAUUGGCUUACAGAAAAAAUGCGAGAUGCUAAUUUCACUGUGUCUUCUAUGCAUGGAGAUAUGCCUCAGAAAGAAAGAGAUGCUAUUAUGAAAGAAUUUCGAUCUGGACAGACACGUGUGCUUAUUACUACUGAUGUAUGGGCCAGAGGCAUUGAUGUACAGCAAGUGUCAUUGGUUAUAAAUUAUGAUCUACCAAAUAACAGAGAAUUGUACAUUCACAGGAUUGGUCGUUCUGGUAGAUUUGGAAGAAAAGGUGUAGCUAUCAAUUUUGUAAAAAACGAUGACAUUAGAAUUCUUCGAGAUAUUGAACAGUACUACUCCACACAGAUUGAUGAAAUGCCCAUGAAUGUGGCUGAUCUUAUUUAAGAAAAGUACUUCAUCCACUUAUGUUUACCAAGUGACUUCAUUAUGGCAUGGAUUACAACAACAAAAAUCAUUGUAUAAUAUGUAUAUAUUUAAAGAACAUUUCUCAUUCUCAUGCUGAAUUUGAUUGUACUUGCAUUAGAUCAAAUGAGUUCUAUGUUGACACACAGUAAAACUACCCUAAGCUAAAUUUGUCAUGAAAAAAAAUAAAUGUUUUUCAUUUAUAUGAA